AACUCUUAUGUAUCUAAGAUCAGGAGCAGAUUGACUGAGUGUAAACAAACUUGGGCAGCCACUGUUCCUCUCUGAUAGCAAUACAGGAUUUUUUUCCACUUCAGAAAGUCUCCACUUCAAGUGUCUUUGGCCCAACAAGGGGAAUUAAUUUCUGCCUGCAGAAUGCAUUGAUCUUUUAAAUAGCACCUGGACAGCACAUUCAGUAACGUGGGUGCCUACGUGAGCCUAGCUCCAGGGCGAAGUUGUAUUGCAAGAGCUAACAUAACAUUGCUGUUGUCCAGCAAUUUGCAUUUGUACUUUCUUUAUAUGAAGGUUUUUAUUUUCUAUAUAUUCAUAUGUGUUUUGCUGCAGGGAGUACAGUUACUUAAAAGAAUCAUCCUUUUUUAUGCCAAUAUUUUAUUUACGAUUUUUGUAGUGCAUUAUCUGUGCGAUACUGUAAAUCUGAAUUUUCUUCCUGACUUGAAGACCACAAACAUCUAAUGACAAAGUCUUGUUCUUUUUUAUUCUGUUCGAUGCACCAUACCCUGAAAGUAGUACCCAGGCUUCUUGCUGUCAGUGUGACUGACACCUGCCACGUGCUGUUUGUUCUCUCAUGGUUCCCCAGGGAAAAGCGCAGAGCAGACAGCCUUUCAUUCAGGGGUAGGGUGGGUUUUUUAAAAAAAAAAAAAAAAUACAGGUAUCGUUGCAAUGUACAGAGGUUAUAGAGAUGUUAGAUAUGGCAACAUCAAGAAAUUGUGCCUAGCAAUUGGAGCUCUGCCCUUGGGAAGUUUGCUGUUUCGCACAUGCUUUCGCAGCACACGUGAGCUUCCUCAGCUCAUCCUCUCUGCAAGCACUGGAGAGCUUUCUCUGCAAAGGAGCUUGGUAAAAUAGCUUCUGUUUUGCCAAGGAAGCACAGCUGGUUAUCAAGGUCUUAAUAUCUGAACUUCAAAAUCAAAAUUCCAGCACAGAUACCUUCAAGAGAAGGGUUUAGAUUUGGAAGAUGGCUUUAUAUUGUACAGCAAACAGAAGACACGAGUAGAAGUAUAAGAAGGAUAAGACAGAUGUAACAAGUUUGCCAUAGUUUAUGCUGUUGAGCAGAUGUUCUGCGCUAGAUGAUGUUUCUGUAGUCUUGAAGGGCUCAUGCUCAUGUGCGCUGCAUUACUGCAGGGCAGGGAAAGGAUGCUGCAGGCGGUACCUGACCCUGGUCAUCAUCGUCCGUGUCCGUGGGGUGACAGCAAACACCACCCACAGGUGCUGGCAGGAGUGGUUACUGACACGGUGGUGGUCCCACACCCCAGGUAGCGGUUGUGUCCUGAUAACAGGGGUGACCAGUCACUGCAAACACCUUUUCCUCUCUGCAUCGGUUGUGCAUCUCAUUUCCUGAGGUUCAGCUGUUCUUCAUCCCCAGCUUAAAUUCUCCGGCCACUGAGCACUCCCGGUGAGACGGUGCCUUGUGAGGACCAACAAAGCUCUGUGCCAUUUAUGUGCAUUGGGCACAGGUCCCAGUUACUGAACCCAGUGGCUGCAGAGAGGUGUGGAAAAGGUCCACCUAAGGGUCAGAAGAUGACCGCAGCUCUAGUGCUGGACAUGCCAGUCCUCGUUUGGUGUCAAUGAAUACUGAACUGGUCUGAUAACAUACCUGCCACCAGAGCAAACAGUCUGAAACACAUGAGCAAUUACAUGGGCUGUAUUGCUAAAAGCAUAUGCACUUAAGUGUUUGUGGGAUCAGAGCUGUACUGCAGAGACAACCUUGUAGCUUGGACAGAUUAAAAAAAACCUGAAACAUUGCAAGACUUUUAAUUUUCUUGACUGCUACAAUGCUUCGAUGGGGCUGAUCUUAAAACUUCUGAAGGAGCCGCAUGGGUACCUACAUUGGCUCCUCCUAAACAACGCUUUGUCCUGGCAAGUAAAAGGAAGUGUAGCUUUUUGAAUGCAUGGAUCAAUACUACUGCAUUUGCUUAAAUUCCUCGUUAAUGCCAGUAAUGCAAGACAGAACAAGCGGCUCGGUGGUGGAACAAGUGAUCCUAUCUCCCCCUCUGCUGGAAAACCACGAUAUGACCUCCUGGCAGAAAAAGGGUGAGAUGUGUGGGGAACCGCGCUGGGGUGGCCGCUCUGGCCUUCCCGAGGGCAGAACAAGGCAUAAAAUUGAGCUGAGAUUCCCCCUAGCACAAAGUUGUGCCCUGCUAUCCACUUUUGCCCAUUUUUCUGGGUUCUGAGGUAUUUUUUCAUACAUAUAUAUAUAUAUAUAUAUGGACCCUGCUGCAUUGCGCCCAGGAGCAGCUGUUUCCCUCGCUCUGUGCCCCAUCUCCUUCCCCCAGUGCUGUCCCACAUGCGGGGCCAGUAGCUGUGACAAGGGAAAAUCAUUUAUCAGACCAUCCCCAGUCUAUAAUAAUAUGACACUGAGCUAACGUUAUCGCCAAUUAUGUCAUGGGCAACACUCAAAUCUAGUUAUCUUUCAAAGAAGACUGGAUUGUCCAAAAAUCUCCCUGGUCUUCAGCAGUCAAGCUCCCCUUUCUAAAAGUCUGAAAGUUUAGGAAUAAAUCAUAUUCCCAAGAUCUGCUGUUGUUUCUGGUCUAUAGUAAGACCUCUGUCAAAUCCAAAAAAACCCCAAAAUAUACAUAUAAUAUAUGAGAAAUCCCACCAGUCACUAAGUAGCUGAAAAGAAUAAUGCAGGGAAAAUAAGUUUGCUGAAUGCUGUGCUCCAGCCCUUGGGCUGGUGUGUCUAUAUAAGACACUAACUGCAUCACUGCCAAACCCUCAUCCAAAUCAUAAAAUUUUAAAUUUUUAAACAGGUCGAAAUUGUUUGUUCUGGGGAGAUUGUGCACUCUCAGGAAAUGUUUGGCGCUGUGGCUCUCAGUAGCGAUAUUUGAUUUUAUUCGAGUCGGGGCUGUGCCUGGGAACUCCCGUUCUGGGUCGGUGCCUCUGGUACACAAACCCAGACCAAAACCCAAGCUCCAGCUCCAAACUGCUGCCUGUUUAAUAGAGGCGGUGGACAAGGUGGUCAUUGUGUUUCGCUGGGACGUCUCCGCCCAUGGCAAUUUGCAGCUUGGUGGGGACCGAUGGGAAGCACCAGCACUGCGGGGAGAGGUGGGGAAGGAGGGGAAGAGCUACAGAAGGGAUUACCCGCAGUCCCUCCAGCAUUUUCUCAUCUGAGGUAUCUGUUUCUCUAAGGAAACCGUGCCACGUGGCCCAUUAAAAGGUGACUUACAUAGAGCAGCACCAGCUCCUUAUCGUCAGGCAUUCCCCAGAAAGUUCCAGAGCUGGAAUAAAAAGCCAACUUCCUCUUCUGCAGUGUUUGAUCUAUACAACACCACGGCUACGCCGUGCUCCCCGUGCAGUUAUUAUAGCCCAGUGCGAUUUAUGGCAGCCCUGGGGCUGCUGUCGAAGGGAGUUGAGGCAAGAGGGGUCCCACCAGGGCUAGCAUGCACAAAAUGCAUGUUUCAAAGAAACCCUUGGCAUUCUUUUUUAUUUUUAGAGCCCAUAUAGAAGAAUCUGCCCUGUCCUUUUCCACAGGACCAUGGCUCUGAAGUCACAACCUCCCAGCUCUCCAACAGUACUUUAAUUCACGGCCCACAUUCGUACGCCUGGGUGCAUCAUAAAUCCUCCCCAGCUACCUGUAUACAAAGCCAGCAUUAAUUUUCAUCACAUCAUGACUCCAGCCCCAGCUUGGGGACUUCCCUGCCAACUCCUGGCUCAGCAGGACCCCUCCUUUCUUCUCUGAGACCACCACGCAGCAGCAGGGCUUUUCAUGUGGCAAGGAAUGAGACUUGUGCUUCGAGUCAUGCCUCCGACAACUCAGACUCUUUUUUUCACUUUUCCCCUCCCCCCCUUUUUUUUUUUUCCCUUCUUCUUCAGCUCUCCUCAAGCUUGUCUCUGGAAAGCAGGGUCAGAUUAGGCUGGGAGAGUAUUGAUCCCUCUCCCAAGGGCAUUAGGGAUGCCUGGGGCAAGACUUUCCUCAAUGCCCAUGUGCAGAGAGGCAAUGUCCAUCUGUAAGUCAUGUAUUGCAGCCAUCACCUUCAAAUCAGUGGAGAGAAAUUUAGGACCAUCAUACACCCACAGGUUGUUACCAGAUCCUACACAUCACAGACAUGCUUUGCCGCUCCCUUUUCCCCUAACCUCAGGACAUGCUGUUGCUGCAGGGUUUCUUUUCCAAGCAACUUUUUGGGAAUGGUCUAUAGGAGAGGUGUCGUGUCCUGGUACAUGGGACUAGGACCAGUCUGUGAUGGGUAAGUAUUGCCCAGGCUGCCAAUGGCUCCCUGCCCACCCAUCGACAGCUGCCUCUGAAUACCGCCCAGCACCCGGGCUCCAUGCAGCAGGCAUCUCUCUGCUCAAAGGAAAACAUCAAGUGGUCCCACAGAGAAAGAUGAAAUAAUAUUUGAUCAGUUAUGGAGGGAAAAAGAAAGUCCUAGGGCUCUCAGUUCUCUUCUUGCCAAGCUAACCAGCUUUGCUUUUCCUGGGAGACGUGCUCUGUAAAAACAUGGGCUCAAUGUUUGGACAGAUCUUUUCAGGCUGUUCUCCAGGGCAGAAAUAUCCAGUGAUGGGAAAAGUCUCGUUUGCUCUAAUUUAACUGGUCUGUCCUUAGGACUCUGAGAAACAGCUCACCAUGAAAAGAGCUGCUUCACCAGGGAAUAUGUGCAGGCUUCAGCGAGGCUGACUGUUUUUUGCUGGGCUCUGCUACCCAGAGAUGAAGAAAACACUUGGUUCCUCCGGGGAAAUGUCUGUUUUAAUCACUCCGAGGUCUCUGGCUUCGGCUUGGGGAAGAGCCUGGUGCAGGCUGAGCUGAUGCAGUAGGAUGGGUGUCACCCAUGGGGGGAUCUCCAGAGAGGUGGGGUGAGGAUCAUUGCCCCUGCAUGGUGGCACUCCGCUCUCUUUGGCUUCGUGUUCCCCAGGUGUGAGAAGGGACCUGAGAACUGUCCAUCCAUAUGGACAUGGGUGCUGUAGGGGCACCCAUGCUGCAGGGAAGUGCCGUUCUUUCCCUCAAAAACCAAACUGAACCCAAUUCUUCCCUUUCUUAGCCCAUCCAAAGCCUGCCGCGGCGUUGACAUUCAUGGUUUGGGGAACCUGUGAGUCAGGUCAAGGAAGCAUGGACAGGCAGGACUGUGCUCCCGCAGGCUCAGCCCUGCCCAGGUGAGGCUCUCCCCGCCCCGGGGGCAGACCCAUACCUUGGCCCAGCUGUGUUUUUGGGCUCGCCCCGCCUCACCUGGUGUUGUAGCAGCAGCAGGGACGGGCGACAGAGCGGGCAGCAACUGGGGCAGGCACCGGCCGGAGGCAGGGAAAGAUGCUGCGAGGCUGAACCGCUGGACCCGGCACAGAGCAGCGAAGGGAUGGACGUGGUAACUGCCGGGGCGCUGCUCCUUUCCACCCCCACCGCAGCAAGGGGCGGCUCUGUCUCCUCUGCCCCUGGCCCGGGAAGGUGUGACUGAUUUCAAAACCCUCCGAGCAAAAUUUCAAAAUGACUCCAACUUGGCCAACAAGCUCGUGCAGCCGCACAAGAAGCCUCCCACUGAAAUCCCUCCCAAGCCGGUCUCUAGAGGUAACGCCGUGUCCAGCCCUCUGCCCCUGAGUAAGAAAGAAGUGAUAAUACUAAAACCCAAGGAUGGACCUGCCCAUCCUGCCUCCCAACCCUCUGCACUCACCCAACGCAACCCCUUGGCGUGGCCUCGAGCCAAGCUGGGUUAUGUGGAGCCAACGGGGCACAACAAAGAGCACAAAGGCAACCUCUUGAAGAAAGGACUGAGUUCUCCCAAGAACCGUCCAGAGAAGCCUCUGCCAUCCUAUUGCACUGACCAGCACGGAUCAGCCCAAACAGCUCCAGAGAGCCCUCCGCUUUCAAAUUCUUCCCACCAUGCCCUACAGAUCUGGGAAAACACUUUAUCCCGCAGCGAGAAAGCAAGAGCAAUGCUCCCAGCCCAACGGGCAGCGAACUUAUACGUGCACCCUUGCCCAGAGCAGAGGGCAACGUGUGCUCCGGCUGCGUCGGGCAGGAGCAGGGUGCGGCUGUCUGGAAGCGAGCCCACGCUGGACUUGCCUGCCUGGAAGAAGGAUGCUCUGCACAGCAGCGGGACGGCUCUUCCCCAGGCUCCCCGGGGACACAGGGGCUCUGACGAAGCUGCUGCUGAGAGCGCGGCGACAACUGCAUUCUGCCAGACGGGUUAUCGCACACCAAGAGAGCAACCUCGGCACCAGAAAGAAUCGGAGCCUCCUUUCUGCCAGCCCAGAGCAGGGAAAUGGUCUGACAGCCCUGGGAGCAAGUGGCCAAGAAUUAAACCUCUCCCUUCGGCUGAAUACCUGGGUCCAGCCCCUGGGAAGCCGGCAAGACCCCCAAAGUUUGAUCUUAGUCCUUUCCGAAGCGCCGUGCCUUCAAUCCACAGAGGAAAUGAAACAACUGCUGAUGAAGAGGAUUACCUGACCCCUGAAAGUGCUCAACUUGAAGAGCAGCAUAAUAACGAGGAAACCCCGAUGUACCUGUAUCAAUCUGGGGACACCACAACCUUGUGUGUCAUUGAAGUACCUAAGGCAGAGCCUCAAGAACACAGGAAACAGAAGACUUUCCUCUCUGCCAAAUCCAGAGCUAUAAUAGAGGAUGAAAAAGAGGAAAAACCAAGUCUUGAAAGAGAGAAACAGGAAGCAAAGAAAAUUUUCAAGACAGGUGGAAAUGAAUACGUAUGUCGCAAUAGCCAAACCAAGGAAGAUGGUAGAGGUGGGAUGAAGGUGCCACAAGUGAAGCAGGACGUGACCAGUACCCAGACUGCAAAGCAUCCUACCCCACAAGGGCUGGCAAAAGACAGAGCGGAGUUCUUGAGCUACGUGUAUGCUGGUGCUCCAAAGCCAGAUGUAGAGAGAACAGCCUUGAACCAAAACACGUGGCAGUCUCUGCAGGCACCAGAAGAUAUAUAUGAUGACAUUGAAGAAAUGCAAGAUAGACUCAGCCAAGCCUCAGACGCCUCAAGUCCGUUUGCUUCAGCCAGCAUUUCAGGAAGCAGCUACGAAGAAACAUAUGAAGAUGUUGAGAUCGAAGGUGAUAAUCCAGCAAAACCAGAAACAAACAAACAAAAGAGAUUUGGAAACUUGUUUAAGAUAGAAAAGCUAAAGCUGAAGAAUACCAGGUUCAAGGAAAACUUAAGAUUAUUUUCCAUUUCGGCACCAAAUUUAGAGGCUGUUUCCCAGGAGGACAUGGUGUACGAUGAUGUGGAGGUGGGGCAGAGAGUGCCGAGAGAGAAGGACGACAAGUACAAAACCUGGAUGCCGAAAUUUCUGAUGGCGAAAGAUGAUAAGGACCAAAGGAAAAGCAGCAGUGAUGCGGAAAGAAAUAUCUUCAAAGUCAAGAACAGCAAUGCAGAAAAAAGCAAGAAGAUGGGAAAAGAAGAAAAGUUUUUUAGAGAAACAUUUAUGUAUGAUAAGGAGAUCAAUGUCAUCAACACAGCCACUGCCGAGUGCUCAGUCGCCAGUGAGAGGAGAGUUGAUCUCCCGGUCACAGCUGGAGAACAGCUGGACGUUAUCGAUGUCACGGAGGGCAACGCAGUGAUUUGCCGCAAUUCGAAGGGCAGAUACGGGUAUGUUCUAGUGGAGCAUUUGAACUUCAGACAGACGGUGCUAACUGCCCCAAGAGCUGCUCACCCCCGGAGCAUCCCUGAAGGUCUCCUUUGCGCUUCCCGCAUCCGUGAGAGUCUACGUUGGUCAGCUGUGGAGAGCUGAUGUGAAUGUAAAUAAAGUUGGGGUUUUUUUACACUUAGUUAAAAAUUUCCUUUUUUUUGUCUGCUAAUUAGAGCAUGUCUUCACUGAUUAUCUCAACAUUAGUUAUUUUCGGGAUUUCUCAAUUUUUGGAGUACCUCACUGGUCAGCUCUGAAAUAGCUGUAACAUUGCUGCGUUUGCAUGAAAAAA